GAAAAAACCUAAGCAAAAUAUAAUAAAAAAAGAAGAAGACAAUCACAUACCGUAUCACAUACCGUAAUUUAUUAAAGAUAUAUGACUAUUUAUUAUUGACAUAACUCUUUUCUGAAAAAAGACGAAGACUUAUCAAAUUCUUUUUUUUUUUUACUCUUAAGCAUCGUCUUCUUCCUUUUUUUGUGACAAAAGUCUUCUUCCUUUUUCUUUGUUGUAAAUCAAGCUGAGCUCCCAAAAUCAAAAACCAAAUCAAAACCUAUCAAGUAUAGAGCAGAAACAAUUUAUGACAUUGGCAUGAAAUUGGCGUCCCUAUUCCAGAUCGUGAAUCUGGUAUUUAGCAAACCUAAUCGCAAAACUGAAACAACUCUUGCGUCGAGAUGAAGGUCGAGAUGAAUGCAUCGGAAGGUGAAAGCAAACUUGAGAUGCUUAUUUGUGAUGUUAAUAAAGCUCGAGUUACCUGUGGAGAUGCUGGCGGACUUGAUUUAAUACUUGUAGAUGAAAAGGGAGACCGUAUACAAGCUUGCAUAAGAGGAAAGCUGAUAUCCAAGUUUCAACAUGAAUUGGAGGAGGGAGUACAUGUGUCAAAGACCUCUUCAGAUAUGGGCAUCAACAGAUAAACACAUCAAUCAUAAUGGAUUUUUUUUUAUUUAUCUCGAUAUGUAUAUAUAGGAUUCUAUAUGUUUAACUUUGCAACUGUGUUUUUAGGUUUGAGUUUGCUUUAUAUGCAGUUAAUUAGGUUGUCUACAAUUCAUAUGAUAUUUUAGAGAGUUUUUCUAACUUGGUUUUUAUUUAUAAGUUUAUUCUAUAAUUUACAAAACAGAAAACACAGAAACAGAAACUUAUAAAAGUAAAGAAGAUCAAUGUUACAACACAUAUGCUAUAUCAAUGCCAUUUUGCAAGACAAGUGUGGGAAAAAUCAACUAUCCAGCAACCUAUUUUCUCAAUAAAUCUCCUAUCCCCAGUUCAAGGACUAAGAGAAACAAAUGAUGUUGUGUGGUUACCUCCUUCUGGAACGGGGAAUGGUCUGCUAGCGCCCUAGAUCCUUUGGACUAUCUGGUUGGUAAGGAACCAAAUUUUUUUUAAUAAUCUGUCUUCUCUGCAGAUGAAACAAUGAGCAAAGCAAUUAGAGAUGCCAGUGAUUGUCAAUAAGCACAAGCAAAGCAGAAGCAGAG